AUGUCGCGGCUCCUGACGGACCUCCUCGCCCGCAAGAAGCGCCUCGCGAGCGCCUCUGCGUCGUGGAACGAGAGCCUGCAGACCGCGAGCCUCAUGCUCCCUGCCGUCGUCAACAGCAUCGGCGCGGAACACAGGAUGUCCCUCAAGACGGGUCUAGGGCAGGAGCUGCGCAUUCUGUGCCAGGACGCGCCGCUCGCCCGCCUCGAGGAGUUCUCCGAGCUCCUGGACCGCGAGCUCGCUCCGUCGCGCCUGACCAAGGCCAUGACUGCGGCCAUGGGGUACUCCCACUACCUGUCGUCGCCCGACAAGGCCAUUCACCGCGUCAUCGCCGACCUCAUCGAGCACCUGCGCGACAUCGGGCACGAGGCCGUGCGGCAGUGCGGCGAGGUCGUCAGCGAGCGGCUCCGAAAGGGGAUUAUUGAGUUCGGAAAGAAGACUAACGAAGGAGAUGCCUUCACGGCCAACAUGAAGGUUGUCGCGGAGUGCGCCACCGAGAUCGUUCGAGGGUACCUGGAGAGCGCGACGUCGACCGUGGACAGCCUCGUCGAGAUGGAGAAGGCGGUGCCGUCGCACGCCCUCUUCAAGCGCCGCAUGGAGCUGCGCCCCGUGACGGCACUACACGUGAUCGGCGAGGAGAGCGCCCCGGAGCCUGACGUCAGCUCCGUGUCGGUCCAGACGUCCCCGGUGCAGCCAGCGCAGCCCGUCGUGGCCGAGGACCCCCUGUCCGCCACGCGCGGGCGGCGGCUGCCGAUCAUCGGCGGCACCGUCCUCAAGCUGUGCUCCGACGGCCGCUGGGUGAGCCGCUGGUGCGUCGUCGACCCCAACCAGGGCCUGAUGGGUUACUACACCGACAAGACUGGACGGGGCCCGACGGCGUGCCUGAACCUCCGCAACGUCGUCGUCAUGCGCGGCAUCCACCGCGACGGCUUCGCGGUGUCUGGCAGGGUCGGCAACGAGCUCGCGAAGCUCUCGCUCACCCUGCGCACGCGCGGCGACCGCCCCGUGCGCGCGUUCAGUCCCAGCCCCGACGCCUCCUCCACGCUCGUGCUCCGCGCCCGCACGGCACAUGCGCUCAACGAGUGGCUCGACGUGCUCCAGCCCCUCGCGGCCGCGGUGUUCACUGAGUCAGGCCAGCAGGUGGACGGCAACCUCGCACUCAGCCCGGUCGAGACGCCGCAGAGCGAGACGCCGUCGCCCGUGGCGGCCAGGAGCAUCGAGGUGAGCCCGCACAUCGUCGAGGAGGAGGCCGACGACGUCGCCACGCCGCUGUUUGCUCCGGGGAACGACAGAUACCUUAUUGAGAAUCCCGAGUGCGUGAUGGAGACCUCCGACGCGAUGCGGGACGUGCUGAUGGACGCGGCGCGGCGGUUCGUGGACGCGAUGCCCAAGGUCGUCGUGCACCACUUCACGCGGCACGUGGAGUCGGGCGAGCUCGUCACGGAUCUUCAGACGCUGCUAGCAAAGCUGCAGCUGCGCGGGGAGAUGCACUCGCGGGUGACGGACAAGGGCGGCGACCAGGGCGGCGUCGCGGAGGAGAGCAUCGCGGAGGAGAUGGCUGCGGUCGACAACCAGCUCGACAGCGCCGUCGCGCGCCUGGCGCUGCUCAGCCAGUGA